AUGGGCGCUGCAGUGGCGCCUUUCAGGGAGGCGCCUGGCGGGCAGCAGGUCGGCGCCGGCGGGGCGGAGCGGCAGCGCCUGCCCGGUCCCCGGCGCAUGCGGCUGGUCUCCGGGAGGCUGCGUUCGAGUCGUGCAUGGCCGCUGCACCUGUCAAAAAUGGGCAGGAAGGAGAACGAGAGCGCCAAAACUUCACCAGCUCCCGGCUUCUGCAGCGACCUCGCUGGCCAGCCAGACUUGCCGCCGAUCGCAGAGGGUGCCGCCGCCGCAAGACGCUGCUCGCGCACACAGCUGCCGGGCCACUGCAGCGUGGUGCCAGAGGGCAGAGGACGUUGCCCCGGCCUCCGCAUGGACGUCACUAGCAGCGGGGAGCUGGAAAACAUGCUCCCCAUCAAGCGCAAGUCGCCUCAGGCUGGCAGCAGGCCCUCCCUGCCUUGCGGGCGCACUCCCGCUCCCUGCGGCACAGGCGCAGGCGCCCCUGCCAGCCCGCCGCCGCCCACUUUUGCCGGCGGGCGCCAGUACCAGCGCGCCUCGUGCGGUCCCACUUGCAGCAGCCCCGCCCUGGGCGGCUGGUGCACCCGCGUCGGCGGCAGCCACGACGGCGCCAGCGAGCGGGGAUAUGACGAAGAGGAGAGCCGGCUGAUGGGAGAGGCGGCCCGCGGCAAGGCGCAGCGAGUGUGCUCCGGCGCGGGGGCAGAAGCGGCCGGCGCAUGCGACGGCGGCGGCGAGGCAGCAGUGGCUGCGGCGGCGCCGCAGCUGCCGCUGGUCAGCAGCCUGCCGCCGGCGAUGUAUCGAAGCUACCACCUGGGCUGCUGCAGCCGCCUCAACAGCACGGCCUCUCUCACGGAGCUGGAGGCAGCGGGUGGCGCGGCGGCAGCAGGCGAGGCUGCGUUGCCAGUAGAGGCCGCUGUUCUGGCAGCCGCCACCGGCUGCGCCGCUGCUGCCGCUCCUGUCACGGUGUCGGCUGGCAGCAGCCCUCACAGCCCCUGGGCGGCAGAGACGCAGCAGGGCAGGCCACCUGCCUGCACCUGCGGGGCGUGCGGCAUGCGGGCAGCGGCGGCGCCAGCCAGCAGCCAGCCGCCGCCGGAGGUCACGCAGCAGCUGCAGUGCCGGCACGCUAGGGCGGUUGCGGGCCCUCAGCAGCAGCAGCAGCAGCAGCAGCAGCAGCAGCACGGGUGGCAGCAUAGUGGUGGAGGCGAGGCAGGGGGCGGCGCCUCAGACUGGGCAGAGGUGCCCGACGACAUUCUGAAGCGGGUGCUGGAGCGGCUGGCGCCGUCCACGCUGCGCGUGCUGCGCCUGGUCUGCCGCGGCUGGGAGGCCGCUGCCAGCCGCCUGCUGCGCCACCUGCGCCCCUGCGAGGUGCUGGGCAAGCAGCUGGGGCGCCGCUUCCCCGCCCUGCACAGCCUGGACCUUUCUAAUGCAUCCAUGGGGGUCGACUUCGCCUCACCCCGCAUGCUGCGCCUGCAGUCGCUGCUGCGGGACGAGCACCUGGCUGAGCUGGCGGGGCUGUACCGCCUGGAGCAGCUCUCCCUGCGCGGCUGCAGCAGGCUGAGCGGGCGGGGCCUGUCUGAGCUGGGCCGCCUCAGCGCCUCCCUCACCAUGCUCAACCUCAGCAACUGCGCGGGCAUCACAGGCACGCACCCCGCCGGCUGGUGCUGCCGGCACUGCCUCUGGCUGCCAACCUACGAGUGUCUGGCGGCGCUGGCAGCCGCGGUGCCGCACCUGGCCACCCUCAACCUGCAGGGCUGCAGCCGCGUGGGCGACCGCGGCAUUGCCCACCUGGCCGCCAUGCCCGAGCUGCGCCACAUCCUGCUGCCGGCGGGCGUGUCGGAUGCCAGCAUGCAGCUGCUGGCUGACAUGCCAGCACUGGAGCGAGUGGCACUGCGCUGCUGCACCCAGGUCACCACCGCAGGCGUCUACCUGCUGCUGCAGCGCCGCGGCCUGAAGCGAGUGGUGAUCAGCAAGUGCCCGCUGGUGACGCUGGAGAGCCUGUGCGGCUCCCCGGGCGAGCCGCGGCUGAAGGUGGUGACAGAGGGAGCGGUGCCCACGGCAGCUGUGGCGGCCAUGGCAGGCGGGGCGCUGGCGGCGGGCGGCGGCGGCGCGGCGGGCGGCGGCGGUGCGGCGGCGGGGCUGGCGGGGCAGGACAUGCACCUGCUGGUGGCCGAGGUUUAG